AUGCUCCCCGCGGUCCUCUCGCUCCCGCCCACAGCUGCUGCUGCCGCCUCCGCCUGCAACUCUGCUGCUGGCGCCCGCUCGCUGACCGCGUCCCCGCAGCCGCCUCUGGUCGCGCUCUCGACCACCAGUGCGCGCAAGUCUUGCCCCGCCUCUUUCUUCUGCCGCCCUGCGCCGCUCACCGCGCCGCCUCCCAUCGCUCUGGCCCGCUGCUGCACUCGCCGAGCCACCGCACGCCCGCCCGCACACUACCACGCUGGCCGGCGCCCGGCCGCCGCCUCACCCGCGCCCGCGCGCCACCGCCCCCUGCGUCCGUCUCCGCCCACGGCCGCCAUGCCCUCGCCCCCCUGUGCCGGCGCCCUGUCGCUCCCCGUCGGCCUGACCGCGCCCGGGCACAAGCGCCCGGUGCCCACGCGUGACCCGGCGCCCGCUAACCCUCCAUGA